GCUUCCUGGUCACGUGACUGCCGCGGUCCAAUUAGCUGGGCUUAUAAGCCGGUAGCAGAAAGUUGCCAGCUGACAGAUCGAUUGUUUGCUCGAGGUAGGUUUUUAAUCCUCGUUUUUACCUGGAAUAUUGUGCUAACUAAGUAUAAACUAAAAUGCCUAAUUUGUAACUUUAUAGAGCCGACUACCAGCGCCGGAGUUUUUUUUCUCUCUCUCAUUAAGCUGUUGGCCAGGCUUUUCUUGUUUUGAUGGCGAGCUAAAGAAAGGAGCAUCUAGUCCAAGGAGUGUUCUUGGAGGAUUCCAGCCAGAAACCUCACCACCUGUUCGGUUUGGGCGGGUAGGAGGCUCUCGAGCCGACCCUUUACGUUUUUUUUCCAUCUUUAACCUGCAGUACACGAGCUGUACUGCCAUCCUUUUUUUUCUAAGAACUCUAAGUCUGAACUGAGAUUUAUUCAGAUCCAGAAAUAUUAAUUAAUGAAAUUUGAAUUGUAUGUAUGUAUAUAGUCACUGUUGUCCCGAUUUAUUUCAUGUUGAAUGGCCAUUCAACUUAUUGUGUGUAUAUAUCUGCUGUCCCUCACAAAUUGUUUAAAUACACGGUGUCAACCAAACUACAGUUUAAGCUCUGCCUUCUCUCUCCAAGUCGAAACCCUAGACUUCUGUUCUGAGCCCAUAAAACCCCGUAUAUACAGUAUUGCAUUACAUUUGUAGUACAUAUAGGUUACAAAAUUAGUGGCGAGCUAGCCAGGAGCGAGAGCAGCUUAAGUUGUGUGUUUGUGUCUGUGUGUGGACAGAGUAUAACUUUACAAUGGACAUAAUUGAGAAACAUGGCAUAAAUAUACAUAAUGCAGUAUUGAUUGAGUGUGAUACAAAGGCUGAAGAAAAUGAAGAGGUCGUGGAAUUUUUGUCUAAAUACGGUUCGAUUGGUCAGUGUGAGAUUAUUGAUGAUUGGGAAUCUGAGUUUAGGCAUAAGUGGGUUGUUGAGUAUAAUUUUACUGAUGCUAUUAACGCGCUGCGUCACAUUUUGCCUUACACUUUUGUGAGUCGAAAUGGUAAAAUUUAUGAAAUAUCCGAAUUGUCCGCUGUUUGCGCUACUCACAUAGAGAAACAGAAAACAAACGCAUAUUUAUCUGAUUUAAAAGAGUUAGCUAAGCUAACUGGUAAGGACUUUACGGAGGUCCUCAACGAUGUGAUGUCCCUGCUUGGUCACUCUGUUACGCAGCUUGGCCCAGUCCAAGCUAAAACUCUGACAACUUCUGCUGCCCAAGCAACACAAUCAACUCCCACUGCCUCUACCGAGAGUCAGGAAUUGCUCUCUGAUCACACUGAACAUAAACCCCAAUCCCAAACCAGAACCUCUCUCCCAAAUAUUGCUGCACCUACCUUGAACCCACCAGAAGUCCAACGUUAUGUGGUUGAGCACAUCGUUAAAAACGAAGACAGCGCGAUGCUUCAUCUCUCCAGCCAGCGUCUCAGAGUAUUUUCUGGGAGGUUGCCCCGGCCUCAGAAUGAAACGGAUUAUGAAACAUGGCGUGUUACUGUGGAUUUACUGUUAAAUGAUUCCUCUGUUUCCGAUUUGCAGCGAUCGCGCAAAAUCUUUGAGAGUCUUCUGCCUCCCGCUGCCGACAUGGUCAAGCACUUGAAGCCUGAAACACGGCCUGCAGUCUAUCUCCAUAUUCUGGAUUCAGCGUACGGCACUGUGCAAGACGGAGAUGAGCUUUAUGCUAAAUUUAUGGAUACGUUCCAAGACGCAAAUGACAAGGCAUCAUCAUACCUUCAGCGGCUGCAAGUUGCUCUCAAUUUAGCUGUUAAGAGAGGGGGAGUUCCAUACGAGGAGACCAAUAAACACCUACUCAACCAGUUUUGCAACGUAAGCAAAAUCCGCCAUCCUUCGCUGAACUAUUGCUGCUAUUGCGCACAGAAGAGGACCGAGAAGCAGCAAAGACCCUUCGCAUGA